UGAUUUUUUAUGGCUGUUUUAUUGCCUCAAACCGUGGGGCCUUUUUCAAAAUAAUGAUUUGGGCUUUUUUUUUAAUUAAAUGGGCUUAAAAUUUGGGCUUAAGUGAUCAGAUUUUAAGUUAAAAAAACCCUAAGUUUCUCCUAUUUCCCUCUUCUCUUUCUCCUUCACGGCAGAACCAACAUCUCCCAUCUUUCUCUCUUUUCUUUCUCCUUCACGGCAGCACCAAGCUCUCCCUCACACUUCACAGCAAGCUCCAACUGCACAGUAGGCUCUCUCCAUCAUCCAAGCUCUCCCUCACACUCUUUUCAUUUCUCUCAUUUUCAAGCAAGAAGCUCUCUCCUCUCACCCAUCAUCUCAGUUUUUUUUUUUGACCUCUUUUUCUCAAAGUCAAGGCAGCUACCAGCCUUAGUUUUUGUCAAAGUUGAUUAUUUUAGAAAGUUGCUGAAUUUAAGUUGGGAAGGAUGAGUAGAAAAUAUCCUUCUUGGAAGUAUAGUGUUGAAAUAGAAGUGCCGGAAAAAAGUGGAAAAAAAGGAUACAAGUAUUUAAAGUGUAAUUUUUGUAGUAAAGAUAUUAAGGGAGGGGUGAAGAGAGUGAAAGAACAUCUUGCUUGUACACACAAAUAUGUAAAACCAUGUCCUAAAGUACCUAAAGAAGUCAAGGAGGAGAUAAGUCAAUAUUUGAAAGACUAUGAAACUACAAAAUUUAUUUCUCAACGAAAGUUUGAUGAGGCGGUGGAUUGUGGAUCCUACUUUGGUGAUGGACCUAGUGGUUUUGGUAGUGGCAAUCCUUUGGAGGGUGUGAAUUCUUGUCCUAGCAAUAGUUCUAGAGGUGUUAGAGGGCCUAUGGAUCGAUUUAUGGAGAAUAAAGGAGAUGAGGAAAAUGAAAAAAAUACCGCUGCCACAAAAAUGACUCCAACGAGUGCUAAAGAGCAUCGAAAUCAAGUAUGUUUAGAUAUUGGGAGAUUCUUUUUUGAGAAUGGGAUCCCAUUUAAUUGUGCAAGAAGCCCAUCAUAUUUCAAUAUGUUGCGUUCGGUUGGGAAUUAUGGUCGAGGAUUGAAAGCUCCAACAAUGCAUGAAAUGAGGACUUGGAUACUAAAAGAAGAAGAGAAGACAACAUCCGAAAUUGUGAAUGAGAUCAAAGCAACAUGGAAACGAACAGGGGUUUCAUUAUUAUCAGAUGGUUGGUCAGAUAUGAGAAAUAGGAGUCUGAUCAAUUUUCUAGUUAACAAUCCCUAUGGGACUGUUUUUUUGAAAACUAUUGAUGCAUCAGAUUGUGUAAAAGAUGCACAAAAAUUGUUUGAAUUGCUUGAUGAUGUUGUUGAAGAAAUUGGAGAAGAUAUUGUCAUUCAGGUGGUCACAGAUAAUGCAAGUGCAUACAAGGCCGCUGGAAGAUUAUUAAUGGAGAAGAGAAAAAGUUUGUAUUGGACUCCGUGUGCUGCUCAUUGUAUUGAUUUGAUGCUUGAGAAAAUUGGAGAAUUGCCACAACAUAAAAAUGCUUUGCUUAAAGCAAAGAGAGUUAGCAAUUUCAUCCAUAACCAUCAAUGGGUGUUGAGUUUAACAAGAAAAUUUGCAAAGAAAGAUCUUCGACCAGCUGUCACACGAUUCGCCACUGCCUUUCUAACUUUAGAAAGUAUGCAUCAAUUGAAGCAACCACUACAAAUGAUGUUUGUUUCAAAAGAAUGGUCAAGUUGUGCAUGGGCAAAGAAACCUGAAGGGAAAGCUGUGAAGAAAAUCAUAAUGAAUGAUAAUACAUUUUGGCCUAGUGUGGUUUAUUCCAUAAAAACCACAAAGCCCCUUGUGAAUGUUUUAAGAAUAGUUGAUGGUGAGAGGACACCGGCAAUGGGAUUUAUUUAUGGUGUUAUGGAUGAGGCAAAAGAAAAGAUAGCAAAGAACUUAGAUGGAGACGUGUCUUCAUAUAAGGAGAUUUGGGAGAUCAUUGAUCAAAAGUGGGAGUUUCAAUUGCAUCGCGACUUGCAUGCAAUUGCAUAUUACUUGAAUCAUCGAUUCAGAUGGAGUCCCAAUGUUUCCGAGCAUCCAGAGAUUAAAACUGGUUUGUAUAAGUGCAUGGAUAGACUCAUCAAGGACCAAGAAACAUAUGUGAAGGUCGAUGCCCAACUUGAUGAGUAUAAAUACAAGCGAGGAUUGUUUGGCUUCAGAUCAUCCUUAACAUCAUACUUAACACGUCCACCUGUUGAAUGGUGGGACAACUUUGGAGAUGAAGUUCCAGAACUCAAGUCAUUUGCAACAAGAGUUCUAGGUCUUACUUGUUCAGCAUCGGCAUGUGAACGUAAUUGGAGUACGUUCAAUCAAGUGCACACAAAGAGAAGAAAUCGUCUGAGCACAAAAAAGAUGAAUAGUUUGGUGUACAUUAUGUACAACAAAAAGUUGAAGCACAAAUUUUUUAAGAAACAAUCACGAAGAGAGGAAGAUGAUCCUUUGAUUGUUGAAAAUGUGUCUUCUGAUGAUGAAUGGGUAGCCAAUCCAAAUGAUGAAGAGGAUGGUGAUAGUAGAGCAAUCGAAGUUGGUGGGGAAAUUGAGAUUGAGGAUGAGGGCGGAAGUUUAGCACCGAGGAAGAGGAAAAGAAAUCAAGCACCAAUUGAAGUGAAUUUGGAUGAGGAAGAUGAAUUUGAAGGAGGAGAAGAUGACAGUGAAGAUGGAGAUGAUGGACGAGCUAUACAAUUUCAUAAUUUCAUGAGUGAUGAUGAAGAAAGUGAAGAGUUCUUGGAGAUUUAAUGCAUUUUAUUUAUGAUUUUAAGACUUAUAACUAGAACUUUUAUGACUUUGAUAUGGACUUAUGUGUUGUUUGUUAUGAAUUCUAUGAAAUUUCAUGAAUUUUAGGAUAUUUUAUGAAUUUUAUUAUAUUUUUUAAAUUUUAUUUGUUCUUAUAGUUGAGGCGUACGCCUCGUUGCGCCUCGAGGCUUACGCCUCGCGGUACUAAGAGAAAACGCCUCGCCUCGCGAUUUCGCCUUUCAAAACCUUGAUAUUAUUACAUGCAUAAAUAUCUUAAACAUAAAUCCUUUCAAUAUAAUAAGUUCCAAAGAUUUAAGGUUCUGUUAAGAUAUUGAUCCUUACUAAGAACUACAAAAUUAAUCAAAACAUAAAAAAAAUUCAUGCACAAACACCACUUCCUAAUAAGA